AUGAAAAGAUUUCGACUUCUUUUAUUUGCUUUUGCUGUAUUAUUUUAUCAUCCGUUAUUUGCCCAGCCAUUAUCCGGCACUUAUACAGUUAAUAAUACAACGGCAACCGGGGGUACCAAUUUCAAUAGCUUAACGGAUGCCAUCAGCGCGCUUAAUACCAAUGGUGUGGUUGCCGCGGGCGCCAUUUUUAAUGUUUCUUCCAACCAGACAUUCCUGGAAACACCUCCUGCUUUGACAGCAUCCGGCACGGCGGGUGGUUAUAUUGUGUUCCGUAAAAACGGAACCGGUAAUAACCCGGUUGUAAAACCAGCCACGCCGGGCAACGUUUCUACCUCGGCCCAUGGUGGCCAUGGCGAUGGUGUGAUCCGUAUUGCAGGUGGCGAUUAUAUUGAGUUCAAUGGCAUUGACAUUGACACCAAUACUGCUUAUACCACCAACGCCACCAAGUACGAAUAUGGGUAUUAUAUACUCAGGGGCAGUGCUACAGACGGGAGCAAGUUUGUGACGAUCCGUAAUGCGAAUAUUAAAUUGUAUCCGGGUCUGCUGUAUUCAGCGGCUGUUUACGUGGCGGUGUACAAUGCUACCGGCACGUCGAUGGUACCUACCAGUACCGCAGGCAGGCAUGAAAGUAUUACGAUCCGUAAAAACAAUAUCUCCAGAACGUACAAUGGUAUUUUGCUGCGGGGCUAUAAUCACGCCACAACCCCUAACGAUCUGUAUGAUCACUUUAACCUUGUAGACAGCAACCAGAUUGAGGAGAUCGGCGGCGCUGCUACUGAGUGUUUUGGCAUUAAUACUAUUUACCAGGACAGUGUGCAGAUCGUUGCCAAUACGAUUAAGUCACAGGUAAAUGGGGCGACCUGUAAUGGUAUCCGGCCGGAGACAGGUACGCUUGCCCCCAUUAAUAAUGCCUGCGGUGCCAGCGGCACCAAUAAUUUUAUUGAAAUCGCCUAUAACAAUGUUGAAAACUGUGUCACCAGCGGCAGCAUAUUUUAUGGUAUCUAUCAAAGUGUACCGGGAGCCUUGGUGCAUAUUGCCAACAAUAAUAUACGCAAUGACACCUGUACAGUUGGUAGUACCUCCAUGUAUAUUAUGUGGAGCAUCCCGGGAGCGGGGGGCGUCAAUCAUAUAUUUGGCAACCAGAUUUACAAUAUUGUAAACACGGGUACUACCGGCAGUGGCACUAUGUUCCCAAUGAUCUUCAAUACCGGUGGUGAUACCCGGGUUUAUAAAAACAAUAUCCACGAUAUUACAACCAACAGUGCAAGUGGCGCCAUCUCCAUACGCUCCAAUACGCCGAACUUCUACAUGUACAACAACUUCAUCCAUAGUUUGUACACACCUAACUCAACCGGGGCCAACGCUAUUUUGGCCAUAGACCUGAAUAGCGGUGCUGCCAAUCAGAAUGUUUUUUACAAUACCGUGUACCUGAAUGCGACCAGUACUUCCACCACCAGUUUCGGCGCCCAUGCUUUGUAUAUUUCCACCUCGGUAAAUGCUGAUGUAAGAAAUAAUAUACUUAUCAACCAGUCUGUGCCCGGUCCCACCAGUGGUAUUGUUUCUGCCUAUAGAAGAAGUAACACUACGCUUACCACUUAUAACGAUAGCUCUAACAACAACUGUUUAUAUGUAGGUGCAGCACCUGUUGCCCGGCAAGGACUGCUUUCCGAUGGUACACCCGUUACGUUUACGGCGACCACCACCAAUGCAGGCACCGCUCCUACUUAUCAAUGGAAAAAGAGAACCGCUAAUGUCGGUAUCAGCACCACUACUUAUACCGACAAUGCAUUGGUAGACGGUGAUACGAUCACGGUAGUGCUUACCAGCAAUGCGACCUGUGCCAGCCCGGCUUCUGUGACCAGCAACCGGAUCAUUCAGCAGGUGCGCCCACGGCCUACAGCCAGCAUAACACCAGGCCCAACAGCUAAUAUCUGCAAUGGACAGACCAUCCUGCUAACGGCUAAUGCCGGUACGGGCUUUACCUACCAGUGGCAACUGGGCGGUGUAAAUAUUGCAGCGGCUACUACUGCCACUUAUACGGCUGCUACUGCCGGCAAUUACAGGGUGCUUGUAUCUAACGGCAUCUGUACCGACACUUCUGUGGUUACCGCGGUGAGCGUUGUGCCCACCCCGGUUGCUACGGUUGCUCCGGCUGGCACGGUGGCCUUCUGCCAGGGUGGACAAGCCUUGCUGACUGGCCCUGCUACGGCUCCGGGGCUUACUUAUCAGUGGCGGCUUAAUGGGGCUAAUAUUCCCGGUGCUACCAAUAAUACUUAUGCGGCUACUGCAGCUGGCAGCUACCGCCUGGUACUUUCCAAUGGCAGCUGUACCGACACGUCUGCCGUGGUAACGGUUACGGUUAAUCCAAUCCCUACCGCCACUGCAACAGCAACCGGACCGGUUAACUUUUGCCAGGGAGGCAGCGUUAUCUUAAAUGCCAAUACCGGUACAGGUAUCACUUACCAAUGGCUGCGCAACAAUACAGUGAUUGCAGGUGCCACUACUACAUCGUACACCGCUACUACUACGGGUACUUAUAGUGUAGUGGUAACCAAUACAGCAACUGGCUGUAAAGACACAUCCAGACCAGCAAUAGCGGUUACUAUGUCUGUUCAGCCUGCUACCACACUUACGGCCAGCGGCAAUCUUACUUUUUGCGAAGGAGGAAAUGUGCGGCUGCAAGCGGCUACCGGUGCCGGGCUUACGUAUCAAUGGCGGCUCGGAGUUGCCAAUAUCCCUGGUGCAACCUCAGCUUCUUAUACUGCCGCGGCUACCGGUAAUUAUUCAGUAGUCGUAUCCAACGGUACCUGCUCCAAUACGUCCGGCGAUAUCGCGGUUACGGUAAGCAGCCUGCCCUUGCCGGUGAUCAGCUCGGUAGGAUUGCCUUCGUUCUGCCAGGGAGGAAGUGUUACCCUGAAUACCGCUACCGGUGUUGGAUAUACUUAUCAAUGGCAACUGAACACGGUGGAUAUACCAGGCGCAACGGCUGCUGCUUAUAGUGCCACAGCAACCGGCAAUUAUACCGUGGUGGUGACCAAUGGUGCCUGUGUAGCAACAUCCGCGCCGUUUACCGUUAGUGUAACGCCUGCACCAACUGCCCUGAUCACACCUGCAGGCGCAACGGCUUUCUGCCAGGGCGGAAGCGUGGUGCUUAAUGCCAGCAGAGGUACGGGUUAUACCUACCAGUGGACCAAUACGGGUGUGAAUAUACCCGGAGCGACCAACUAUCAAUAUACAGCUACAACCAGCGGCGAUUAUGGCGUUGUCAUCUUUGAUGGUACCUGCCCUGGUACGGCACCCGACGUUACCGUACGGGUAAAUAGCUUCCCGGUUGCGGUGGUUACCGUAAUUGGUGGUGUAGACCUGAGCACAACUACCUUUACUUCUUAUCAAUGGUAUCGUAACGGGGUCUUGAUCCCGGGUGCUACUGCCCAAAACUAUACAGCGGUAAGAGAUGGUUUCUAUGCGGUUGUCGUUACAGAUGAUCUGGGCUGCUCUUCCACUUCAGCAGUACAGCAUAUUACUUCGCUUGAUGUGGCGCACGUAGGUGGUGCGCAAACCAAG